AUGGGCAAAUUGUGGUCAGGUUUGCAAAACGCAGGAACGAAUGCCUUCAUGUCAACACUUCAACAGCUAUCGGGUCUGUCGGCCCCACUUCUGCCUGGCUCGGCCCUUGGUGCGGCACAGUGGGCCAAUUCGCAGUCAGCAGGCCAAACAUGGAUUGAUCCGGCAAAAGUUGCAGCAAUGUUACCGAUGUACCAAGUAUUUACUGGAGUGAAAGGACUGAAGAUAUCACAAUCGGAGUUAAUUGGUCAGCAGAAUAUAGCCCCUUUGAGCAAUGCGACACUAGCGGCAACAUCUUCAUCGUCAAUAUUUCCAACUACCAUCACAAAGAGGAGCUUGCGGAAAUCGCCCAGUAUAAGCGGUUCUCCGCAACUCUCACAGAAUUCGCCUGUUGGGGGUCCUUUAUCAAGUGGACCGUCGUCUCAUCCAUCUACAUCUACUCCUCAGGAUAUCGAUGUUGGCGUGUUGUCGCAUCCAUCGAGUCAAACUCAUGCCUACGACCUAACCGUGCGAUCAAGUCCGGCUAGGACUCCUGAUGAAGGAAAUCGGAGCACCCAAGAUUUCUCUACGAGAUCAUCGUCCUCGUUCAAAACUGGUUCUGCCGCAUUGGCUACCAUUCAUCCUGAGUCGCAUCCGUCGACGUCACAGAGCAGUGGACAACAACCUACGGUAGAUGAUAAUUGGGCAGGUAUUGAUCUUGGUGACUUGGAUCUUUUCACGGGACCAUCUUCUAAAGAAAAUGAGGCAGCAAUUUCGAAUGUGUUUGAGCUUGGUGGAAAUCUCUUUCCAGACUCCUUCAAUGAAUCUCCUCAGAAGACAACUUCUUUUUCUAGUGCUACCAUCUCUCAACCCACAGUUAACCACUCCGAAAUCGCUGCUGCCGAUCAGGAAUUUGACCAGAUUUUUAGCAGUUUGGAGAACAAUACUGCCUCAACUAAUGCUUUUCCCUUCGAUUUCCAUGGUGGCGAAAACCAUCCUAGCCUUAGUCCUGUGCAGUUCACACCUCCUGACUCACCAACAGCAUGCCCACCAGAUCCAAACAUAAUAGGACUUUUCGGUGGUCCGUCUACAUCUUCAGCUGCGAUUCCUUCGCUUUCACCGUUCAUUACGUCACAAACUUCAACAUCAUCUACUUCAAAUUCUAAACGGAAAGCUGAUUCGGUCAAGCCAAUUGCUGCUCCAUCACCAUCAUCUUUCAAGAAGGAACCUCUCGUAACUAGACCAGUACAGAAGUGUAACAAAAUUCCCGUAUAUAAGCAAAGGAAAUUCACAGCAAUUAUAUCUAAUGACGCCAACGAGACGAAAGAUGCGAGCGAUGCCUAUUCUUUCGAGGAUGAUGAAGAAGUUUUUGGUCUCGGACAUGUUGAUCCAAAAGAAAAGCUGGAUGUCGAGGUACGUGAAAAGUUGUCCAAAAUUGCUGGUCAACACCCAGAAAUGCGGAACAAGAACGUCUAUGUCCCCGGAGUUGGGUUUGCCAUUCCACCCGAUCAACAGGUAACAUUUGUUUUAAUUAUUCGCAUGCUGUUUCAUAAAGUUUCGAAUGUUCGAAAUUACAGCAAGAUCUUUGGAGACAUGUAG